AUAUAUUUGAUGAAGAAAUGACCAUAUCAAAACUAAAAUUUAGGGGACAGAUGCCCUGCAAGGCAGUUAAGCAAAAGUAUGCAUGCAUGUGCAUGGCAGCUUCACCAACGACUGCACAGCAGAUGAUGCCUUGUGCACUUUAAUUUUUGCACGAUAUAGAAUAAUUUUCAGGUACACAUAAUAUACUGCAUUAGGGUUAGUCUCUUGUUUUUUUCCUUUCGCUAUGCUUCCCAAGUUCCAAUUUCCGAGAGAAAGCAACCUCUUUGAUAAGAAAAACAAUCCACAUGGGAGCCAUAUUAUACGCAUAUAAGGAUAUCCAAUCCCCAUGAUGAAAAGCAGACGGUUCAAUGCACUUUUGAUAAACAAACAGCUGUGCUGACACAUCUUAUACCCCUAUCCAAGUCAACAUGACACCCCCUCCAAAGAUAGGGUCUCCCCAAUUAAAGUACCUUUUGACAAUUAAAUUGACUUCCAGAACCUGACCCGAUCAAGCCACCAGGAUGAACGAUAAAGCAUGAACAGCAACAAGAAGAAAAUUAAAUGAAAGAAAAGGUGGGGGGGAAAAGGGAACACUAGCCUUCUUUACCAAGGAAUCCACGAUCGGCCUGUUGUCUUUCAUCAAUGUCUUGUGAAUCUCUUAUAUAAGGCGUUUGCCAAAUUCGAUGCAAUGACAACCAAGAAGAAAUAAGAACAUCCAUAAGAAGAAAGAUCUGGUUUCAAUUAGGUUGGAGCUAAAAUGGCAAACAUGCAAAUAGUUGUAGCUAGCAAGAAUGUGGAGCCACAGUACGUGGAGAUGAUGGUGCCUUUGUAUUCUUACGGGUGUGAGAGGAAAGUGAAGAAGACUUUGUCGCAUCUCAAAGGAAUAUACUCGGUAACUGUAGACUAUAAUCAACAAAAAGUAACAGUGUGGGGAAUAUGUAACAAAUUCGAUGUGUUAUCAACCAUGAGGAGCAAAAGAAAAGAAGCUCGUUUUUGGAAGCCAGAAGACAACAUUGAGAUGGAAGAGGCACAACCAUCAUCUCCCCCACCUUCUCUUCCUCCCAAGGGCUCCAGUAAACCUUCUUUAGCUCUAAUGAAGGCUCGCUCUCUAAGCUGGAAGGCAUGGAAAAAGGUCUUCACCAGAUCCUAUUCUUUCUAAAGAUAAGAAAUUAACUAUGCACGCCAAGGAAAAAAGGACAUGGGUAAAUGCCUAUAUGCACGCCUCGACGUUUUCCACAACAAAAGGGGAAAAGAGUGUAAAUUUGAUGUCAUACGUUUUCUCCUCUCAUUUGUAAAUAAAUUGCGGGUUCAAGAUUGUCGGCUCUCUCAUGGAAAUUUCUUUGCUUAAUUAUGUCUUAUUGUUAGGAGGUAGUAUUUAAAUUGGACUUUGCCUUUUACCAUUUUUCUUGAAUGUAGAAAAAAAAUCCAUAUGUCA